AUGGAAUUUAUAAAUACUGUAGAUGAAGUUAGUAACGAGUUAUCCAAGGAAUUGAUGGAUUGGACGGUUAUAAAACAUAGUGAAGGAUUUAGUUUAACUCAAUAUAUUGAAGGAGCUGUAGAAAUUGGUAAAAUCCUUAAUCAUGCUGUUAUCGCAGUAUUAACAGGCAAUAUUGGAGCACUUGUUGAAGAUAUCGUUUCAUACGCUAUAGCAGCCAAGCAUUGUAAAGCUGAAUGUAAACGUCUUAGUGAACAAUUUAAAAUAGCACGUGAUUCAGCAAAGGAAUUAUUAGAUAAAUUAGAAGAAACGCCUAAAGAGAUAGAAAAUAAGAAUUUUGUAUCUGCAUUAAAAGCAUUUGCUAUCGUUUUAGAAGAUGGUCGAGCCGUUGUAAAGCAACAUGCUGAAGCAAAAUAUGGAUUAAAAAUCUUUUUUGCGAAAAAAUUUGCUGCAGAAUUUCAAGAUAUUGAAGAUCGAUUAGAUCAAGCGUGUAAUCGACUCAAUUUCGCUAUUAAUAUUCGUCAUUUUGUUGAUAGUCAAUACGCUGAAGAAAUUCAAAAAGCAUGGCAUGAGGAAGAUAAAAUUGCAUUCGCAGAAUUAAAUAAUAUGGUUAAAGAAUCUUUAAAAGAAAUUCGUAGUUAUAAACUUUUAUCAACUCCACCUUUAGAUUUAGGUACAAGAAUUUCUUUAAAGGAGUUAUCUGAAAUACAGCAAUUUAAAACGGACAGACUUUUCACGGCUAAUUAUCACACUGUAGAUAGCGACGGAGAGAAUAAAGUUAUAAAAGCUGUCAUAAAAGUAACAAUGGCUCAAGAAACAGUAGCGGAUGAUAUAUCAAAAUUUGCACUAGAGAUCGCAUAUUUAAGAAAAUUAGUCUCAUGCCCAAAUAUUAUUAAUCUUAUUGGUGUUACUAAUAUUCGUGGAAAUCUGUCAUUAGUUUUGGAAUAUUGUGAAAAUGAUGAUUUACAAGAUUUUAUUGCAUCGGGUAAAUUGAAAGGUGAUUGGGGAAAGAAACGUAGCAUCGCUUUGGGAAGUCUUGGGGUAGUUGAUUCAUUUGAGGAACAAAUUCGUUGGACUGCGCCAGAACGUCUUGGUGAUAAUGUAUCAACUUUUACUGAAGAAUGUGAUAUUUUUUCGUUCGGCAUCGUGUUUUAUGAAAUUAUUUGUGAAAAAUUCCCAUGGGAAGGCUUAAAUUUAAGCGAUGUUUAUAAAGCUAGAAACGAAGGAAAGGAACUUACCCUACCUUCUUAUCAGUUUUGA